CGGGCCUCGCGGUGGGGAUCGCCCCUUGUCCUUCUCCUCCUACCCCGCAUCCCACGGCCGGCGGAGCCGGGGCCGGGCUGUGGCGACCGCCUCCCUCCCCUUCCCCUGGGCACAAAGAGCGAGGGGAGGCGCUCCCGGGCUCUGAGGCUGCCGGGCCCGCGGCUGGGGGAGCGCGGCGGCCUCGGGCAGCGUGGGGCGCGAUCCUGUCUCUGUCCUGAGGGGGAUUUGAAAAUUACUUAAUAGCCGGUUUUGUUCCAGUGAACACAUCUUUUUCUUUACCUUUUUCUUUUCUUUCCCCUUUGUUUUUAGCAUGAACGGAAGGAGGGGGGGAGAGGAAAAAUAUAAUGAACUGGAGGGAGAGGAGAGGAACAAAACACUGCCUUUUCCUCGUGAUGCUGAAAGUACUUGUUUAAAUGUUCUGUAAUAUAUAUACAUCAAUAACAACAACAACAACAACAAAAAAAGUCUUACUGAACCCACGUAAGAAAUCUGGCCUAAAAUAUAUGGGAAAAUGAGCAGUAGGGGUAAAACUUCACUCUCAUUUUGAAGUGGUUAGAGGACUUGUUUGUGGUACGGUGCAAAUUUUUUUUUUCUAUUCAAAGGGAUUUAUAUUCCCUGCUAGAAGGAGACUUUUUAUACUCAGAAAGUAAGAAGGUCUGUAUUACAAAAUGAUUUCUGGUCUUAGGUUAGGUGCUUUCACAUUUUUCUUACGCACUCUUUUAUGGUCUGUAUGAUUAAGCUUUUAUUACAUUAUGAACUGGAUUCUGCAUGUCUCAGUUUUUCAUGUGUUUCUCGAUACAAAUCUGAAAAUCAGUUUUGUUUGGUUCAUAAACUGCACAAGUAUUUUAUAUAAAAUGGAACUCUUCCAGCAGCGGGUUUAAGGUAUUCUCUGUACUCAGAAAAUCUCCUAUAGCUUCAUUUGGCAACUUCCCUGGGAAUCUGACAGACCUGUGUUCAUAUUUGUUCUCCUUGUUUCAGGAUUAGAUGUUUGGGUUAAAAAUAGUGGCUUGAUCACAAGACUGGAUUCUUCUUGCAUAAGACUGAUUUACAUUGGGUUUCUUAAAAACCCAGCGUGUAGUAGGGAAUGGUCCCUUCUUUUGAGAAAUUUAAAAUCAGAAUCGUUUAGGUUGGAUAAGACCUCUAAGAUCAUUGAAUCCAGCCAUUAACCCAGCACUUCCAAGCCCACCACUAAACCCUGUCCAUAAAUUUGCACAUCUACAACAUCAGCUCCAGGGUGGUGACUCAGACAGUUCCCUGGGCAGUCUAUUCCAAUAGUUAGCAGUCCUUUUCAUGAAGAAAUUUAUUCUGAUGUCCAGUCUAAACCUCCCCUGCCACAACAUGAGGUCGUAUCCACUUGUCACGUGUUGCUUGAGACCAACCCAGCUUCAGCCUCUUUGCAGGUGGCUGGGUAGAGUGAUAAGGUCACCCCUGAGCUUCCUUUUCUCUGGAGUCAAUAUCCCCAUAUCCCUCAGCUGCUCCAGACCUUUCCCCAGAUCUGUUGCCCUUCUCUGGACAUGCUCCAGCACCUUCCUGUAGCGAGAGGCUCAGAACUGAACACAGUGCUCAAGAUGUGGCCUCAGCAGUGCCGAUUCCAGGGGGACAAUCCCUGCCCUGGUCCUGCUGGCCACACUAUUGCUAAUGCAGGAUGUCACUGGCCUUCUUGGACAAAUAUCUCUAUAUCUAAAAAUUAUUUGGUGUUUUUAAUUAUAGCUCUGAAAUGAUAAAAUUAUUUCCUGAAAAUCUGCUGUUCACCAAGUCCAUUCUAUGUAUUUAUAAGACAGUAGAAGCUAUGCGCAUGAAGGUGGCUGUGUGGGUAGAAGGGAGUGACAGAAUAAAGCAGAAAUGGUUGUGAGGGCUGUAUAUGACUAAUAAAUGUGUGGAAGGAGAGAGAUGUAUAUGGAAAAAUGUCUUUAUGCAUAGAAAGAGACUGGAAGGAUCUCUGUGUGUGUGAGCACUUCCAUGUGGAAUAAGUGCAAUACUUGUGGUGGGAUCCAGUGUGUGAUAGUAGGACAACAUCUGCCACACAAUUUGUUAAAGCUGUUUAAUAAUCUGCAAAGUAACAAAUGCUGUGUGUAUUAAUGCUUUAUAGCCCUGAAUGAUUCAUCCAUUCUGUAUCUUACCAGAUCAAGCAACUGACACCACAUAAAAUAGAUCUAAAAUUUGGGAAAGUUGUGGAAGUCCAGAGGGCUUUAGCUCAACAUGCAUUGUAAAUUGUUGGUCUGUUUGAUAGACAGUUUGCUUUGGAAAUGUGUGCUACAGUGUUUUAACAAAAAAAGAAAAAAAAAUUUAAAAAAAGAAAAUCUCUAGUCUCCCCUUACAAGUGCUGUGCUAAUGCCACAUCAUAGCAAUCUCAAGAGAACUGUGCUGUUAAUGUUGGCGUUAACUGAUGUCAGCUAAGCAGCCAGACUGCUUUGAUGGUGUAGAUAAUUUAGUGCCUUGUUAACAGUCAUCAGAGAAUGUAGGUGCAGUACAUGCCAGCCUUGAUAAAGUUUGAUGUUUACAUUCUGUUUGGUACAUCAUUAUUUGGUGCAUUUUGGGCAUAUUUGGGCUGGGAAACUCAAAUUGGUGAAUCUAAACCACUACAGUAAGUUCUCUCUUUCUCCCUCUCUAAGAUACUACACCUAUCUUCAGCAAGCCCAAGCAUUUUACUCGCUUCCGUUCCAUCAGAUGAUGACUGCAGUGCCCAACAUGGAAAUGAUGACUGAGCAACCGACUCUAGAGGGCAUUCCAGAGCCAAACAUUGCUCAGGAGCCUCCAAAAGAAGUUAAAAAAGGGGGAAGGAAAAGAAAAGCCAAAGCAACUGAGCCAAAGCAACCCAAAAAGCCUGCUGCUAAAAAGGAAAAACCAGCCAAGUCAAAAGGCAAACAAGAAAAGAUCACAGAUACUUUUAAAGUCAAAAGAAAAGUGGACCGUUUUAAUGGUGUAUCUGAAGCUGAACUUCUGACCAAGACUUUGCCUGAUAUUUUGACCUUUGAUCUGGACAUUGUAAUAAUCGGCAUAAACCCUGGCCUGAUGGCAGCUUACAAAGGACAUCAUUACCCAGGACCUGGAAACCAUUUUUGGAAGUGUCUGUUCAUGUCUGGUCUAAGCAAUGAACAGCUAAACCACAUGGAUGACCACACCUUGCCACAUAAAUAUGGGAUUGGAUUUACAAACAUGGUUGAAAGGACAACACCUGGAAGCAAAGACCUCUCCAGCAAAGAGUUUCGGGAAGGAGGGCGAAUUCUGAUGCAGAAGCUACAAAAGUAUAAACCUCGCAUAGCAGCUUUUAAUGGAAAAUGUAUUUAUGAAAUUUUUAGUAAAGAAGUUUUUGGAAUUAAAGUUAAGAACUUGGAAUUUGGGCUGCAGCCACACAAAGUGCCAGAUACAGAAACUCUGUGCUAUGUUAUGCCUUCGUCCAGUGCAAGAUGCGCUCAGUUUCCUCGGGCACAAGAUAAAGUUCAUUAUUACAUUAAGCUGAAAGACUUAAGGGAUCAACUGAAAGGCAUUGCACCCAACACAGACGUCCAGGAGGUGCAGUACACAUUUGACUUGCAACUUGCACAAGAGGAUGCUAAAAAGAUGGCUGUCAAAGAAGAAAAGUAUGACCCAGGCUAUGAAGCAGCAUAUGGAGGAGCUUACUGUGACCGUGCACCAUACGACACUGACCAGUGCAGCUUGUCUUCAAAUGGAACUGCAGGAAGCAACCCACAGUACUGCGAAGGGUCGUCCUUUGGUGAAGUUCCUAACGGACAGUGGAUGACACAGUCCUUUGCAGACCAGAUUCCAGAGUUCAAUGCUGCUGUGACACGGGAAGAGGAGGGAAGCAGCGUGUAGGAGCUGUUCCUUCUCAGCUAUGCACACAUGCUGCAGUUUUAAUGCAGUGAUCAAGAUUGGUACCUCGGUUCUCCAACUGAAGCAUCUGGAUAGUAUUUUAUCUCCCCUAGUUAUUUUAUUAUAGUCCAAAGUAAGUGUGUGGUAGGCUGAAAUCAAUGAAUUAGAUAAUUUUAAGGAACUGUCCAAACUUUUUAAAAAACAAAGUUAGCCCUUUUUUGUAUAUGAGUUUUAUAUUUAAUGUAUACUAUUUCUUGCAGUUUUUGACAAAUUGCUUUCUCAUCUGUGAAGAUUUCUUUGGGGGGCUGUUAAUUUUAUUCCAUAAAUGGUAACAUGGUAGGAACAGCAGCAGUAUACUUUUUACCGAUGCCUCAAUAUUUGGAUAUCUCUCAUAACACUUUUGUAUCCAGAAGGGAAAAGGGAAAAUGUACCCUUGCCUUGUGCAAAGAGGUGCUUUUAAUCAUGCACAGUUAAGGAAAUGGUGCUUUUUAAGCCUGCUUUUUACCAUCUUAAAAAGUAUACAAAGUUGUGUUCUGCAGCUGUGAGUGCUGUCUUCUGGAUGGGAUGAAAGAAGUCUGUCUGUUCAGUGAGUGGACCAUAUUCAGGAUAAAGGGAGCGAAGACAUCAUCUCAAGUCACAACACUGGGGAGGAAAACUUGCAUCACACAGGACAGGGCCUAAAUAUUCUACCUGAUCUGUCUCAGGAUAAGGUUUCCCUACCACUCCAUCUCUUUCCCCCCUUAAAUUCCAAUGUAAGGAACUGGAAUUCUUUUUAAAAAAGCAAAAACAAACAGCAGUGGUAGUUCUUGAAUUCUGUGGCAUUUAAACUCCAUAAUUUCCAUGAAGUUAGUCCCUUCACCUGACCUUUAGCAGGAGAUAACCCCUUUGAAUGUGACAGAAAAUUGAAAGACUGCAUUCUCUUUAAGAGUCAUGCACAGCUACAUUAUUUACAUUGUGUACAGUUAGCACAGGGUAAAAUAGAUGUGCAAUUUAGCAGUUUUUAACAUGAAGUUCAAUUUGUAGGACCUUAGAGGAUGUUCCCUUUACUCCACUUAAAAACACUGAGUUGAAUACAGAGACAGCUGUUCCAUGAAUAAGAAGUUGUCUGUAGAAACUAUAACUCUCUUCUGAGGAACUUGCCUAAAUGAUACACAUUUUUGGCCAAUAUUAGUGACUGAGAAAGAAACGAGACUCCAUCCUGGUGCCUAAUUCUCCUCUUCUUUCCCUCUUUGAUCAUGUGAGGAAAAGAUGAAAUCAAAGCAAUAAGCUGAUCAAAACACUAAAGUUUUGAUGAUCUUAUGACAGUUGGUGCUUCACAUACUUGAAAACAGAUACAAACAUUAUCUCCACACUCCAUGCUGGUCAGAGAUUCCUGUACCAGUGUGAUUUAUCCUCUCUUCACAGCUAGUGACAGUUGUCAAUUGUGUGUAACUGGUUAGUGUAGGUUCUAAUCCAGCUGUAACACCUCUUACAGAGAUUACACACUGUCUGUCAACCUGUUGUGAGGCAGGCAUGAUGUUUACAGUUUCUUCCCAAAUUAUGUGGCUUAAUUCUGAGAAUCUAAAAUCGAAUGAGUGUGCAUUAUGAUUCUGAUUGUGUUUAUUAGCUGCAGCAUAAAGCUGUUCCACAUAUUAUCAGAAAGGUAUAGGAUUUGUCUUGUCUGUUAUUUAAAGUGUACUGUAUCAUGUAUUGCUGUUUACAUGGAUGUUUUCCUGCAGGUGCUCAAAGUAUCUCGCAUCAGGGAUUUGUUACAAUUCAGUUUUAUUUUCAACAAAAUUAGAAGCAUGAAAUUAGCACUGCUGAGUACGUAGCACAGUAGGUUGUAACUCCUGAAAGGCUAUCCUGGUUGAUGGGAAGGGAAAGAGCUCUUCCUUAAUGGGAUCACCCACUUGCUUAUCUGGGCAUAAAAUACAGUUGGGUGUACAAUGACCAUUCCACUAAAUACUGCUAUUCUGUAUUGUCCCUCAAAACUGGUGCUCUUUUUGUUACAGUGAUACAGAAGGUCUUAACCUGUCUUAAAUCUACCAAUGUUUCACAAUAAAAUCAGGAAUUGUA